UAUGGCCGAAGCUUUGAGCUACCAAUCUCUGAGAAGUGCAAAUCAAGCUCGUGAAGCUGAUGAGCAUAGAACUGAAACUCGUAAACGUAAUUUGCUUAUAUUAGUCCUGCAUUAUUUGUCUGAAGAGGGCUAUCUUGAGGCUGCAACUUCUUUAUCUAAAGAGACCAAUUUGGAUAUGAACAAAUUUGAAGUAUGUGAUAAUGUUGACUUGGAAACGGUUCUCAUGGAAUAUGAAUCUUUCCAUUAUAUAAAAUUCUCAAAGUAUCCAAAAAUUACCAAAAAGCUUGAUGGUGAACUAGCCAAACGAAUAUCAAAAACUAUUGCUAAUAAUAGUAAUAGGGCAAAACGAACUGCAAAUACAACUCCACAACUGCCGAAAAUUCCUCCUGGAACCAAUGUCAACAGGCCUAGAUCAAGUUCAAAGCAAAAAGCGGUUAAUCAUAGUGAAGAAAUUAGAAACGGUCUUGUUGUUCAGGCCACCGGUCAAGCAGUUCAUACCAACUCUGAAACUCAGCAAAAGAGGGUGGGGCAAAUAAUUGAUAUGAGGGCUAUGCUAAAUGAAGCUACAAGGUUAAAUGUUGAAGAAGGUUCGAGUGAUAAGCUACUUAAACCCCUUGGAGGUUAUACAGGUUAUUCUACUGAAUGGCGUGACUUAGCCCAAGUAAUAUCUAGAGAUAUAUAUUUACAAUGUCCUAACGUAAGAUGGAAUGAUAUUAUAGGCCUUGACUCAGCUAAAAGUCUUGUAAAAGAAGCUGUAGUUUACCCAAUAAGAUAUCCUCAAUUAUUUACGGGAAUUUUAAGCCCUUGGAAAGGGUUACUAUUAUACGGUCCUCCGGGAACAGGAAAAACUUUACUAGCUAAAGCUGUAGCAACUGAAUGUAAAACGACAUUUUUCAAUAUCAGUGCAUCUACAAUUGUUUCUAAGUGGAGAGGAGACUCUGAGAAAUUAGUUCGAGUUCUCUUUGAAAUGGCAAGAUAUCAUGCUCCUUCAACAAUAUUCCUUGAUGAACUUGAAGCUCUUAUGGGUCAGCGAGGAGGGGGAAGCGAGCAUGAAGGAUCUAGAAGAAUGAAGACUGAGCUUCUUGUACAAAUGGAUGGUUUAUCGAAGAGCGAUGACUUAGUAUUUUUAUUAGCUGCUUCUAAUCUGCCCUGGGAGCUGGAUCAUGCCAUGCUGCGAAGAUUAGAGAAGAGAAUUCUUGUCGGCUUACCAACUUUAGCAGCUCGUCAAUCCAUGUUUGAACAUUAUCUUCCUCAUCAAGUUACAACUUCUCCAAAUGGCUUAGCUCUGAGAGCAGACUUGGAUUAUUCAGAGUUGGCAUCUGCAACAGACGGCUAUUCUGGAUCUGAUAUUCAAUUAGUAUGUAAAGAAGCGGCAAUGAGACCUGUUCGCAAGAUUUUUGAUGCUCUGGAAACACAUUCAGAGGGACAAGAAUUACACUUCAAAUUAGACGUCAUCACAACAAACGACGUUCAAGUGGCUUUAUCGAGAACCAAACCGUCUGCAAGACAAUUAGCAAAUAAGUAUGAAGCUUGGCAGAAAGAGUAUGAGUCAGCAUGA